AUGUCUGGCCCGCCACAAACGUCCCGCACGCGCGAAGCUCCCCAAGGCGACGAGGAAGCCGCCGCGGAACUAAAGCUCGGCGAAUUCCAGGACGUGGACGCGCUGACGCACAGCGAGGCAGCGCUCGUUAUCAACGCCCUGGUAGCAAAGCGGAGACUGGACCGGAAGAACGUGAACGAGACGGAGAUCCUGCAGAAAACCACGGAUUAUCUAGAGCACUUUGCGCGGUUCCGACGGAAGGAGAAUGUCGAGGCUGUAGAGCGGCUGCUUACGGCGCACAAGGAACUGGCUAAGUUCGAGAGGGCGCAAUUAGGCUCGUUAUGCUGCGAUACCGCUGAGGAAGCAAAAACCCUUAUUCCCAGCCUCCAAGAUAAAAUCUCCGACGAUGAUCUACAGGAACUUCUAGAUGAGAUCACGAAGCUAAUGGGGUAUGGAAACUGA